AUGGCAUUGCGCAAAGUGGCCGACCAGCUGCGCUCGCUAAACUACCAUCUGGUGUCGGUCAACGACAUAUACAAUCGGUUCAGCACGCCGGUGGAUAGGCGAGUGGCGAAGCAAGGGCGGAAUGUGUUUUCGCGCGCAUCGCGCAGGAUCCCGCAGCGCCUCUUGCGGUGGUUUUUCGGCGGUUUCAACCGGUUCUUGUGGGUGUCGAUGAUUGUCUUUUGGCUGUGCUGGCGGCCGAUCGGUAACCCGCCGCAGGCCGGCAAUCUGGCCAUGGCCAUAGUGAUCAUUCUGGUCAUUAUCCUACAGGCGUCGUUCAGCGCAUGGCAGGAAUGGGUGACCAGACGUGCCAUGGAUUCGAUUGCCGAGAUGCUGCCCGCGGAGACGCUGGCAUUGCGCGAUGGGGAAUGGCGGCGGCUGAGCCCGGCUGACUUGGUGCAGGGGGAUAUAGUGUAUUUGCAAAUGGGCGAUAAGGCGCCAGCGGACAUGCGUAUAGUGGAUGUCUCAAUGGACGCCAUGUUUGACCGCUCGGCGCUAUCAGGCGCACCCGACCCGACCAUCGGCACGGUGAACUACACGAACACAAACUACCUGGAGACUCGCAACAUGGGCAACUGUACCGGCGUGGUGGUGGCCACAGGCGAUCGCACGGUGAUCGGGCGGAUUGCCAAGAUGAUGACACUGAAGAAGCCCGACCGGUCGAUUCUGGAGAUCGAAGUCCACCGGCUGGUGAACGGCCUGACGACGCUGUCCCUGGUGGUCGGCAUCGUGUUCAUCAUCCUGUGGGCGGUCUGGCUGCGCACGACCUUCCCUGGGUUCAUGUCCGUAGCCGACGCAUUGGCCAAUGGCGUCGGCGUCCUGGUCACCUUUGUGCCGGGCAGUCUGCCCAUCUCGUUGACACUGACUUUGACCGCGAUUGCCCGGCGCAUGCAGCGCCAUAAUGUGCUGAUCAAGAACCUGACCACGGUCGAGACGCUCGGGUCGGUUUCGACCGGCACCCUGACGCAGCGUCCGCGUCAAUGUUGUGCAUGUAGCUGUGGCCGACCAGGAAAUGACCGUCGGGGAGCUGCUCCGAUCUGCCCUUCAACGCUGGUCACCCGGCUGUACGAAUCCGCAGCACUCUGCAAUGCAGCCGAAUUCGAGGAAUCCUCAGACACUCAGCCAUUGCUGGAGCGCCCGGCCAUAGGCGAUGCCACCGACGCAGCGCUUCUGCGGUUCUCGGCGCACAUCCAUCCGGAACCACCCACGCACCAGAUCCUGUUCCGGAUCCCCUUCAACAUCCGCAACCGCUGGCAGCUAUCCGUCUGCAAGCCGCUGGAUGGUUCGCCCUUCGUUCUGGACUCCCGCGGCGAGAUUGUCGAGCUGACCGACAAGCUGCGGAGGCAGAUGCAGGAGCGACAGAGAACGUGGGCCGAGCAGGGCGAGCGCGUGUUGAUGCUGUGUCGCCGCGACUACGGAGCAGAGAAUCCCCCGUCGCGCAUGUACCAGGCAGCGCAGAUGUGCAUGAAACAGGGGCUGUGCUGCGUGGGUCUGGUGGGGAUGGUGGAUCCGCCGCGUCGUGAAAUCCCAGGCGUGGUCGAUACGUUCCGGGCGGCGGGUGUGCGCGUCUACAUGGUGACUGGCGACUAUGCGGCGACAGCGGCGGUGGUGGCCCGGCAAUGCCGCAUCAUCACGGGCAUGGUAACCGACACCAUCGACGAUGUAAUGCGGCAGGUGGACCAGCCCUCAUCCACAUCUCACUGCUCAUGCAAGUCGUCAAUGUGUAGCGAGAAGCGCUGCUCGCACUCGCUGGUGGUGUCGGGGCCGGAGCUGAAGAUGCUGCGCAGCGAGCACUGGGACGUGAUGGAGACAUACGAGGAGAUUGUGUUUGCAAGAAUCACGCCCGAGCAGAAACUGCAGGUGGUCGAGGAGUUGGCCAGACGCGAUCACUAUGUGGCGGUGACUGGCGAUGACGUCAACGAUCUGCCGGCUAUGCGCGCGGCUCAGAGGUGGCCAAAGGAGGCGGCCGACAUGGUCCUGCUGGACAACAACUUCUCGUCGAUCGUCGUGGCCAUCGAGUGCGGCCGGCUGGUGUUUGUCAAUCUGAAAAAGGUCAUCAUUUACCUCUUGCCGAUGACCAACCUCAGCGAGAUCGUGCCAUCGCUGCUUAAUGUCGUUUUGGGCCUGCCCAUCCCGCUGUCGACGUUCCUGAUGCUGGUAAUCAACACGGUGACUGACGUCUGGGCGUCGAUUAAUCUGAUCAACGAGGAGCCCGAGAGCGACCUGCUUCUGCAUCCGCCACGCAACCCGAAGCGCGAGGGCCUGGUCAACGUGCGGUUUUUCCUGCAGGCGUACGGGUUCAUCGGGCUGUGGCAGACGUUCAGCGGACACUUCAUGUUCUUUUUGUGCAUAUAUCUGCGGGCCGGAAUUGCGCCCAAGGACGUGUUCCUGGCGUUCAACAAGUGGACCGACGGGUACAUGGGCAAGUCGCAGGCGGAGCUCUCGGAGAUCGUGCGGGUGGCAGGCAGCGCCCAUUUCUUUACCCUGGUGGUGAUGCAGUGGGGCAACAUGUUUGUUGCGCGCACACGCACCCUGGGGUUCUUUCAGCAGAACCCAUUCCGCGGCACCAAGCGCAACCCGCAGCUGCUUAUUGCAAUCCCAAUCUCCAUUGCCGUCGCGCUGCUUGUCAAUGAGGUCGGCUGGUUCAACCGCAUCUUCUUGACCGGCCGCAUCCCGGUCGAGUUCUUCUUCCUCCCGAUCCCGUUCGCUCUGUUCCUGAUUGUGCUCGACGAGACACGCAAGAUGAUCGUGCGGCGAUACCCGACCAGCCUCGUCGCCCGACUGGCGUGGUAA